AUGACUGCUGUCAAGCCCGCAUUCACGGAAGAGGUCAAUCAAGACUCAACUUCUCCGAGUCCACAAGACAAAAACGUCUCAGAAGAAGAAGAUCAGCAGGAUGGUGUCCGAGUUGCUGAAGCAGUCACCAAAACAUGGUCGAAGAAGUACUUGAUCAUCGCAUAUGCGAGUAUGUGGUUGGUUUACUUUACCAAUUACCUCAACAGCAGUCUGACCUCCAACCUGUCGGCCUAUAUCACAAGUGGUUUCGCAGAGCACUCACUGCUCUCAGUCAUUUCAGUCAUCACCAGCGUUAUGGGUGCAGCAUGCUUGAUGCCAAUCGCCAAGGUUCUGAAUCUAUGGGAUCGAACAACCGGUUUCAUCAUCAUGAUCUUGAUUGCUAUCAUGGGCUUGAUUAUGAUGGCUGGCUGCCACAAUAUCGCGACUUAUUGCGCUGCCCAGGCAUUCUAUACCGUUGGAUUCACUGGGGCAAUUUUCUGUAUUGAUGUCAUGACCUCUGAUACUUCUUCGCUGCGUGACCGAGGUAUCGCUUUCGCAUUCACCUCCUCUCCUGGUAUGAUCACUGCGUUCUCAGGCUCGCCUCUUUCCAACCAAUUCCAUGAGACAAAUUGGCGCUGGGCCUAUGGAACAAUCUGCAUCGUGCUCCCUAUUGUUGCGUCGCCCUUGAUCGUCGUAUGGCAAUUGGCCAAAAGAAAGGCAGCCAAGGAGGGUACACUCCAGUACAAGCCCCGGAGCACGCGAACCUGGUUUGACAGCAUCCGGUUCUAUAUUAUUGAGUUCGACAUUAUUGGGAUUUUCCUCAUGAUCGGAGGUACGAUUCUCUUCCUAACCUCUUUCAACAUCGCCGGCAACACCCAAGGCCAAUGGAAGUCCCCCAAGAUCAUUGCCAUGAUGGUAGUUGGAUUCUGCGUCCUAGUAGCCUUCGCCAUCUACGAGCGAUGGCUAGCCCCCAAGCCCUUUGUCCCAUAUCACCUCCUAGUCGACCGCACAGUCAUUGGCGCGUGUCUCUUAGACAUCACCUACCAGGUCUCAUACUACUGCUGGGCCAGCUACUUCACAUCCUACCUACAAGUGGUAUACAACACCAGCCUGACACAGGCCGGAUACAUCAGCGCCAUCUUCGAUUUCAUGGAUCCAAUCUGGCUAAUCGCCUGCGGUUUCUGCAUCCGCGCAACAGGGCGGUUCAAGUGGCUCCUGUGCUUUGCGCGUUGGGUACCAGUGCAUGUGUCAGAUAUUCCUUGCCGUGGGGGUGGGACACUCAUCUUGAUUGAGCAAAUCGCCGUGAUGGCUGCGUCCACGCACGAAGAGUACGCCGCCAUGCUGGCGUUACUGAGCACGUUUGGAAAUAUCGGUGGGGCCAUUGGUAGUAGUGUGUCGGGUGCUAUUUGGACGAAUACACUUCCUGGCAAGCUACGCGAGUUACUGCCGACCGAGUUGAAGGACCAGUGGUCUACCAUCUAUGAGGAUUUGGAAGUGCAGCUGAGCUACCCUGUUGGGUCGCCUGCUCGCAUCGCUAUCCAGGAUGCUUAUGCGUUUAGUCAGAGGAACAUGAUGAUUGCUGGUACUGCUAUCAUGGGACUUUCGCUUGCUUGGGUGGCUAUUAUGCGGAAUAUCAAAGUGCACAAUGAUAAGGAUUUGAAUAAGGUUCUUUUCUAG